CCAGAGUGGUUCCUAGCUAUCGAGCAUGAUGCUGGUGGCAGCCCUGCGUGGCCUUCUGCUCCUCUGCCUGGUUGAGGAGGGCAUCAGCAAAGUCAGAAGAUACUACAUCGCUGCAGUGGAAACCACCUGGGACUACAUGCACAGCAACCUGCUCUCCGUGCUGCAAGCGCCAGCAGGCAUGUCGGGGCACUCAGACCCACAGACGUCCAUGUCUGGUGUCCCUCCCCGGUACUGGAAGGCUGUGUUUGUGGAGUACCCCAAUGCCUCGUUCAUGCAGCCCAAGCCCAAGCCAGCAUGGAUGGGUCUCCUGGGCCCCACCAUCCGAGCAGAAGUCUAUGACACAGUGGUUAUCACAUUUAAGAACCUGGCCUCCCGCCCAUACAACCUCCAUGCUGUCGGAGUGUCCUACUGGAAGGCGUCAGAGGGUGCACAGUAUGAGGAUGAGACCAGCCAGCCAGAGAAGGAGGGUGACAGAGUGGAUCCAGGGAAGACACACACAUACAUCUGGGAAAUCCAGCAAAACCAUGGUCCGAUGGAUGGUGACUCACCAUGCUUGACCCACUCCUACUCCUCCAACACUGACAGUGUGAAGGAUAUCAACUCUGGUUUGAUCGGAGCCCUGCUUGUGUGCCGACCUGGGACCCUGGCGAAUGAUGGGAACAAGGAGGCGCAGCAAGAGUUUGUGAUGCUCUUUGCAGUGUUUGAUGAAGGGAAAAGUUGGUACUCUGAGCCCAGCUCCCGGGCAGCUCCUCAGCCCCUGCUUCGCAACAGGACGGAGAUGCACACCAUCAAUGGCUACAUCAAUGGCUCACUGCCUGGUCUCACACUGUGCCUCAAGAAGCAGGUCCACUGGCACGUGAUUGGGUUGGGCACUGGGCCAGAAGUCCACUCCAUCUUCUUCGAAGCCCACACAUUCCUGGUGAGAAGCCAUCGUCUCAGCAGCCUAGAAAUCUCCCCUGCCACUUAUCUCACAGCCCAGACCAUGCCAAGAACAGCUGGCUCUUUUCAAAUGUUCUGCCAGAUACUGUCCCAUCAGCAAGCUGGCAUGGAGGCCAUUGUGAAGGUGGAGGAGUGUAUGGAGGAGCGCCUGAUGAAGAUGGGGAAGCUGUCAGAUGAGCCAGAGGAUAUGGAGUACCCUGAAGAAGACGAGGAAAUUUAUCAUGUGAUCCAAGUGCGCUCUUUUGCCAAAGAGGAGCCUGUGACCUGGACUCACUACAUUGCAGCUGAGGAAAUGGACUGGGACUAUGCUCCUGUGAAGCCAGUGUCUCUGAACAGAAACAUCACGAGCCUGUUCCUGGAGGCUGGCCCUCAGCGGAUCGGUUCCAAGUAUAAGAAAGUGAUGUUUGUAGAGUAUGAGGAUGCAACUUUCAAGAAGCGCAAGGUGUCAGAUCAACUGGACAAGGGAAUUCUGGGGCCUGUCAUUAAGGGGGAGGUUGGAGAUCAGUUUAAGAUCGUGUUCAGGAACCUGGCAAGCAGACCAUACAACAUCUACCCUCAUGGCCUCACCAGUGUAAGGCCAUACCAUGCCAUGAAGCCCUCUCAAGAUAAGAAUAUAAAGGACAUUCCUAUCCUCCCUGGCCAGUCAUUCACCUACAGCUGGAGGGUCACCACUGAGGAUGGGCCAACGAAGUCGGAUCCUCGCUGCCUCACCCGUUUCUACUACAGCUCCAUUAACCCGGUCCGAGACAUGGCCUCAGGCCUUAUUGGGCCUCUUCUGAUCUGCUUUAAGAAGUCCAUGGAUCAGAGAGGAAAUCAGAUAAUGUCAGACAAGACGAGGUUGGUGCUGUUUUCAGUCUUCGAUGAGAACCACAGCUGGUACUUGGAGGAGAACAUCAGGCGGUUCUGCACUGACGCAGCCCAUGUGGAUACCCAGGACCCCCAGUUUUAUGCCUCCAACGUGAUGCACACUAUCAAUGGCUUUGUGUUUGACAACCUCCAACCAAAACUCUGCCUGCAUGAAGUUGUGUACUGGUAUGUCCUGAGUGUUGGGGCCCAAACAGAAUUCCUCUCAAUCUUCUUCUCUGGAAACACAUUCAAGCACAACAUGGUCUUUGAGGAUGUGCUUACCCUUUUCCCAUUUUCUGGAGAAACAGUCUUCAUGAGUUUGGAAAAGCCAGGCAUCUGGACGCUGGGGUGCUUGAAUCCUUAUUUCAGAGAUCGAGGGAUGCACGCCAAGUUCACAGUCUUGCAGUGCCAGCAUGAGCAAUACCCUGAUGGGGAAGAUUAUGUGGAUUUUGAGGAGGAGGAGGAGGGCGUUUUUGACUUCCAACCCAGGGGCUUCUCUAAAAGAAAGAGAUGGCACAGACCAUGUGUGAAUGAGCAACUGAACAAUGUCACCUCUUCCAGAAAUGAGACAGAGAAGCGAAGAUUGUGCUUAACAGAGCACAGCUAUGGUGCCCUCCUGAGCAAUGGCAGGAUUUCUGAUCCCACUUCCAAUGGUACAUCAACACUUUUAGGAACAAUCCCACAUCCACCUGAUAUUUCCAUGUCUUCUCUGCCAGAGAAAAACUAUGAGCCAGUGUCCUAUGAAUCCCUCCUGGAAGACGAAGAAUUGUCAAAAAUCAUCAGCCAGGAUGAAGGGUUUGAAGCUCUCCCACCUGGAGAACACUUGGCGAGUGUCACUGGGAGGAUCCAUGGUACUGUGAACUCAGAAGAAGGUCAGCACCGGCUGCACCAAGCCACGCAAGCUCCAGAGGUGCAGGAGCCAGUAAAAAUUACAAUGGUCCACUCUGGUGGUACAUUAGAGCUCUUGGAAGCAGAGCCUCAAAAGACAACUACUCAUGCAACAGGCUUGUGGGACUCAAUUGCUUAUACUGCUAGCAAAGCUCCUCUUCAAGAGAAUAGGAGCUCAUUUCACCAGAAUUACCUGGAGUACAAUCUGGGACUUCAAGACACUUCUUCACAGGGUGCUGAGGACAAGUUGCUAAGAGGGGCUGAUAAAAUAUCCUUGAAUCUCUACGAGUCAAAGGAGACAAUCAAUACAGAACCAGCUUUAAGUACUGAUCAUAGUUCUUCCUCCACACUGGACAAUCUUGCAUCUUCAGUCAAGACAGAAGACAACAGGUCUUCUCACACUGUGGUUCACAGUCACAACAGAGAAAGCAAUUAUUCAUCAAAUGAGCUAGAUGCUAGGCUGGAAAAAAGACCUCACAAAAUGGUUUCACAAGGCUUUUACGAAUCUUUUGAAGAGAAAAAUAUUUCUUUCUCAGACCUGGGACCCAGCAAACCUGUACAAGAACGAAUCCUCACAGAUAAGAGUAACUCCUUGACUGCAAAAAGUGGCAGAGAACAAGAAGAUAGUGAACUUGCCAAAAGCACAAGCCUUCUAGAAACCACUUUUGCACACACCAAUGACCUUGAGCCUUCCAGCUAUAUAAUGACGGAAGAGAGAGAUGAACUAAUCUUGGAGGCAGUGUUUCAGGAUGCUACAUCUGCUAAGGAAUUGCCAGAGAUGGACAGUCUUGCCUUUCCUGAAUCAAACAUCAUGGCCAAUGACACAAGGCAGUUCCCAAAUGCUUUCUUAAACAGCCCUGAGCAGUUUCUGAGACACAGAGCUCCAGCCCCGAGCAUGAGUGGCCCCAACUGGAGGCCUCAACAAGCCAAGUCACUGGAGAGCAGAGGCUUGAUGCAUGGUCUGGGUCUUCCCAACACCAGUUGGUCUGGCAGCAGGGUGUCCCUCUCUGACAGUAACAGGGCAGAGCUGGAUCUGGACGGCCAGACCCCUGAGACAGCAGUGAAAAAGAAAGCCCCAAAAGCAUGUGGAACUCAUUCCCCUUUUUGCAGUGCUCGCUUCAAAAAGAGGUCCCUUACAUCCAGUAACACUGUGCCUGAGGUGAUGGGGGCCCAGAAAAGUCUGGAAGAAAAAUCAAACAUGAUUGAAGGGAGACUACACUCGGGCAAGGAUGCUUCACAGGCUCUGCUUGGAGAUAGUGCUAGUGAGAUGCAUUCUGAGAGGAGGCCAAGCACAGAUCGGGAUGUACAGAGCAGCAGUGAGGGGGUCCAGCACAGCACACACUCCUUCCCCACAUGGGGAGCACUGGGGAAUGAAGUAGUGAUGGCAGCAAGCAGCUCGGAAACGCUGGCUACUGCUGUGGUUGCAGAGCUGGCCUCAAACUGGGACAGGACAGCGGGAUACGCUGGGGACUUGCAGAGCGCAGCUUUGGCUGAGCCACAGCCAGGAAGAAGUGCUGUCUGGGGGGCUCCUGGGAGUGAGCAAGCUCAGGGUAGAAGCCAGAUGGAGGAGGAGACAAACUCUGUGGAGCAGCUGGGUCAGUUUGGUCCUCAGCCUCAGCAGCUCAAGGCCAAUGCCAUGAAGGACUAUGUGCCUGAGAGCAUGUCUGGGCAAAGCCCAGAAGAAAUCCCCAUAAAACCAGCCUCCAAAGAGAACUAUUCCUUGUUCUCAAGCAGUCCUCAUCACAACCACAGCACUACCAAAAAACUAACCAAAUACGUGCAAGCCAGUCCAGAUGGAUGGCAGGUGCUCAGUGGGGAAGAUGUCCUCAGCGAAACUAGGAAGAGAGACGGCCAGGGCCUAGGAAAGCCCAAAGAAGAUGGCGAAAGCAACAGCACAGCUGGGAAGAGGAACCAUGGCCCAGGACACAGGGAGAGACCAGCUCUGAACAAUGGAACCCUUUCCAGCCCCUCGAGGCUAAAAUCUCACAAGCCAGACUACGAUGAGUAUGGUGACACAGAGCAGACCGUGGAGGAUUUUGACAUCUACGGGGAAGAGGAACACAAUCCACGAUCCUUCCAGGGGGAGGUACGGCAAUACUUCAUUGCAGCAGUGGAGGUGAUGUGGGAAUACGGGAACCAGAGACCCCAGCACUUCCUAAAAGCCACGGACCCCUGGAGCAGCAGAAGGAAGCCUUUCCAGCAGUACCGCAAGGUGGUUUUCCGAGAGUACAUAGACGAUUCCUUCACACAGCCGCUGCUGCGGGGAGAGCUGGAUGAGCACUUGGGCAUCCUCGGGCCAUACAUCAGGGCAGAAGUUGAAGAUGUCAUCAUGGUUACGUUCAAGAACCUGGCCUCACGACCCUUCUCCUUCCACUCCACACUGCAAGCCUAUGAGGAGCCGCAGGGCACAACACAGGGUGGAGAGGUGGUGCAGCCCGGUGAGCUCCGGAAGUACUCCUGGAAAGUCCUGCCCCAGAUGGCACCCACCACACAGGAGUUUGACUGCAAAGCCUGGGCUUACUUCUCCAACGUGGACCUG